AUGGCGACCUCCCCCGACGCGGUAUCUCCGUUGACUUCGCCAAACGCCCAAAGAGACAAUUCUGCACGCCAGACCGCUCCCUCCCAACGUACUUUGCAGCCAAGCAUCGUGAGGGAGAACAAGGGUACAAAGAAUGAGGAUCUUCCACUUCCAGAAACACCAGGUUCUGUAAAAUUUGUCUCCCAGCUCACUGAGCCCCAAGAGUUUCCUUUCCCACAUGGUCGGGCUAGCAAUUCUGCUCCGGACGUUGUGGAAGGCCGAUAUGAUGGCGGGAUCGAUUCGAGACCAGCAUCAAAGCCACCAUCCCUCGCUCCUCCGUCCCGCAAAGCAACGAACCAAAGCGAAAUAGAGUCUGUUGAUCGCAGGAGUGUACAAUUUGCAUCGUCACGGUCUGAAACAUUCGAGCAGGGCCAUUCACGGAAUCAAUCGAGAGAAGUAGGGGAUGCAGAUGCGGGCUCAAAACAAGGGCAAUCACUACUCUCAAAGCUCAAAGCUCUGGCGACGCCAACUGCCAUGCAGACUCAUGGGAGAACUUUUAGCAGUUUCACGAUCGCUGGCCCCACUAUCGAGGAAAAGCCACCUGGGCUGGGCACUCCCCUGUAUGAAAGAGAUCAACCAUACUUUCCCACCGGUGAUGGAAAUGAGGCAGACGCAGAAGAAAGCGGUGGUGAGGGACCAUCAGACCUUAGAACGAGAAGGAGAUCUCGUCGGCCAUGGAAUCCGGAAGGAGGCACUCAUACUGCACCGACUACGCCAAAAGCGGCUUCAAAGAUGUCUUCUUUCCUCCGCGACUCACCGACGAUUACCCCUACAUCGCCUCGUCCGAUGUUUGGACGUCGUGCUACCAUGACAGAUAUACCUGAAAAUCAAAGAGUGGGCGUCUCUGAGGACGAGGGCCGUGAUAGAAUAGCAAAGAAGAGCGCUUGGGCGCGUGGUAUGAACAGUGCGGCUCGGGGACUGACAUACACACGUCGGAACGAAAAUCUAGAGACCCCGGAAGGCAGGAGACCCAUGAACCUUCGAAGAUUCACAGGAAUGGGUAGUAAUCCGCAGGGCACAGAAGCUUCGCCAUCAGCUUGGCGAUUACGAGGAGAGCGUACCUCUAGUAUCAGUGCCCAGAAGUGGCGGCAACUGAAAGCCGGGUUGAAAAUGUUAGGCCAGAAGCGUAAAGAGGAAAACAAAGUCGACCACGCUAAGUCUGCUGAGCUCAUGGCUGAGCUGUUAGCAGGCGCUCCAGCUGCGCUCUUAUUGGCAAGCAUGUUCCAACGUGAUGAGCAUGGUCAUAAGAGGAUACCAAUUCUCUUGGAACAGCUCAAGAUUCGAAUUGCUGAUAGUGAAAGAAUUGAAAACAAAGGUGGCGAUCGACAUGUGCUCUUUCGUAUCGAGCUGGAAUAUGGGAGUGGUCUGACACGGAUGAAAUGGGUGAUUCACAGAACAUUGCGAGACUUUGCCAACCUGCACAUCAAGUACAAGCUACAAGCCCAAUCGGACAAGUAUCUCAGCCUUGGUCUGAAAGACUCUAGCAAAAAUGAGCUCCCCAGGUUUCCGAGGAGUGCUCUCCCAUAUCUUCGUGGAAUGCGAGGCCUGGUCGAUGACGGCGAGGAAGAGGAAGAGGAGGAAGAGUUCGGUGUUACCAGUGCCCCCGAAGGAGAGGCAAGCGGCCCGGAAGGCCCUCAACGCCCACACCGACGCCGGCAAAGGUCUUCUUUUGCUUUUGCGCGGCGGAAGUCCAGUAUAUCUGGCCCGCAGACUCCAGGUCUAGGCGCCGAAACAGCCAGAAAUGGUAGUGUUGCGGGUGUGCUAACGUCAGCAUCAGCUACCGCCGGUGGCCGCAAAGAGACGUACGCCGAACGGCAAAGGAAGAAACUCCAGAUCUACUUGCAACAGCUCAUAGCAUACUUCAUCUUCCGUGCGGACAGCAAUAGACUGUGCAAAUUUCUCGAACUCUCUGCUCUUGGGGUUCGUCUAGCCACGGAAGGCGGUUACCAUGGCAAGGAGGGCUUGAUGGUAAUCCAGUCCGGAAAAGGAAUCGAUUUUCGAAGAGCCUGGAAUCCUGCGCUGGUAGCGGCGAGGCACUCACCGAAAUGGUUCCUGGUUCGGCACAGCUAUAUCGUGUGUGUUGACUCUCCGGAAGAGAUGAAUGUGUACGAUGUCUUCUUGGUAGACUCAGACUUCAAGCUAGACACGAUCAAGAAGCGUCUCCGCGACUCAAAACCACAAGAGAUAGCAAGCAAGGCAAAGGCUUCAGCGACUCACCCCAAACACCACCAGCUGAAAGUGUCCAACUCGGAGAGGAAGAUCAAGCUGCUUGCCAGGAAUGAACGUCAGCUGCAACAGUUUGAAGAUUCCAUCAAAUUUAUGGUCUCAUUAACAGAUUGGGCGAAAGAGCACCGAUUCGGCAGUUUUGCACCAGUGCGGCACAACGUCUUUGCUCAAUGGCUUGUGGACGGAAGAGAUUACAUGUGGAACGUUUCCAGGGCCAUAAGUAUGGCCCGUGACGUGAUAUACAUUCACGACUGGUGGCUCAGCCCAGAGCUGUACAUGCGACGACCCGCAGCCAUCAGCCAGAAAUGGAGACUUGACAGAUUACUGCAACGCAAGGCCCAAGAAGGAGUCAAAGUCUUCGUGAUCAUGUACCGGAAUAUCAAUACAGCGAUACCGAUCGACUCCGAAUACUCUAAAUUCUCACUACUGGAUCUUCACCCGAACGUCUUUGUCCAACGCUCGCCGAACCAUUUAAGGCAAAACACGUUCUUCUGGGCUCACCACGAGAAGAUUUGCAUUAUCGAUCACACCGUGGCCUUCUGUGGUGGUAUAGAUCUCUGCUUUGGGAGAUGGGACACCCCUCAGCAUUCAGUUAUCGACGACAAACUCACAGGUUUUGAGCUUAGUGAUGCACCAAAGGAUGCUGACCACUGUCAGCUUUGGCCUGGAAAAGAUUACUCGAACCCGCGUGUUCAGGACUUCUAUAACCUGGACAAGCCGUACGAGGAAAUGUAUGACCGUGCCAAAGUUCCACGUAUGCCGUGGCAUGACAUUGGAAUGCAGAUUGUGGGCCAACCUGCUCGCGAUCUGACUCGCCAUUUUGUGCAAAGAUGGAACUAUAUCCUCCGCCAAAGGAAACCCUCGCGUCCAACACCCUUUCUAUUACCCCCACCUGACUUCAAUCCUGCUGAUCUAGAAGCACUCGGCCUCGAUGGCACUUGUGAGGUCCAAAUGCUGCGCUCUGCUUGCAGCUGGUCAAUGGGUACACCUAAUAGGGUCGAGGACAGCAUUAUGCAAGCCUACAUGAAGAUGAUUCAAACCUCUGAUCAUUUUGUCUACAUCGAAAAUCAGUUCUUCAUCAGCAGCUGUACUAUCGAGGGAACGAAGAUGCAGAACCACAUCGGCGACGCGCUUGUCGAACGUAUCAAGCGUGCGGAGCGCAACGAUGAGGACUGGAGAGCAGUCAUUGUGAUCCCGCUUAUGCCUGGGUUCCAGAGUACAGUCGACAGCCAAGACGGCAGCAGUGUCCGACUCAUUAUGACUUGCCAGUACCGCAGCAUUUGUCGAGGUCCGACUUCAAUCUUCGGCCGAUUGAGGGCUGCCGGCAUCGAGCCGGAGGAUUACAUCCAAUUCUACGCUCUCCGGUCUUGGGGUAAGAUUGGACCAAACAAGACGCUUGUAACAGAACAACUCUACAUCCAUGCCAAAUGCAUGGUCGUGGAUGAUCGUGUUGCCAUCAUUGGAUCGGCCAACAUCAACGAACGCUCCAUGCUUGGAUCAAGGGACUCCGAGGUCGCUGCUAUCGUUCGAGAUACGGAAUUGAUAGAUUCAUAUAUGGCUGGUCAGCCGUACAAGGUCGGGAAAUUCGCACACACUCUUCGGAUGCGUCUGAUGCGCGAGCAUCUUGGCAUAGACGUUGAUGAGCUGAUGGAGGAAGAAUGCCAGAGUGAGCAGUGGGAGCGUGAGCAGGCAGAGUUCAACUCCGAGGCCUCGAUACCGUCUUCUCCAGCUUCAGACAAAUUGACGGAGCAGAAAUUGAUAGAGUCGCAACACAGGGUUCAGGACGAACUCAUAGCCAAGGCCGACCGACUACACAGCUUCAAUCACGAUGUGGACUGGGAACAAGAAAACAAUCCUCAUCUGAUUGCGAAUAAGAAGGUCACUGCGGACUCACGUGUGACUAGAAACGAAGAGCACGAACGAGAUGUCCGUGGCGAGGGCGCAGACAACAUGCUCAAGGUCAUGCAACGGCCUGAGUUCCUUGGCCGUGACUCGCAGAUCACAGACAACGGUAGAGAGGUCCUCGUUAGCAACAUUGCUGCAGAAGGCAGGCCUGUUGGCUCAGUCCCGAGUCCUAAGAGACAUCGCAAGACAAGGGAUCGGAGCAACACGGUGAAGACUGCCACGAGCGGUUCGAGCGCAAAGACCGUUCCAAAUGGAAAUGCAACACUACCGCCACCCCAAGUACAGCGCAUGCUGACAGAGGCGUUGGGCCUACCGCAUCUCAGCACCCUACCAGCUUUGCCGCCUAUGGACGACUCCGAUAUUGGUGGUCCGCCUCUCCAGCGAUCGUUUAGUGGUGCCACUGCCAGACUCGUCAACCCUCUAAUCUCAGAGAUGCGUCGCCCUAUCGUCACUCCAGACUGCAUGCGUGAUCCAGUUGCCGACAAUUUCUUUCUCGACACCUGGCAUCAGAUUGCGGAGAACAACACAAAGUUGUUCCGGCUUGUGUUCCGAUGCCAACCAGACAAUGAGGUGCGAACAUGGGAUGAAUACAAAGCAUACAAUGCUUUCAGUGAACGCUUCAGUCAGUCUCAGGGUGCUGGUAAGAGUACAGCUCGUAGACAACACGAAAACUCGACUCGUGCUACUGGUCCCCCGGGCGGAGACAAGACGCACAUUGCGCAGGUACCUGGCAACUUAGAGAAGAAAGCAGAGGCAUUGAACGAGCAUAUCCACGACAAAAUCGAGCACCGCAACCCACAUCAUCCCAUGGGCAAGGUUGAGACUUGGGCUGCAGAGCAACAAGACGAGGCCUUGCGCGGAUCCACUCCCACCACUGGAGGCAAAGACGAACACUUGGAUGAGAAGGCAGCGCUCAGGCAGAGUAACAGCAAUUCUACGCAUGAUACACAGGCGACAACCGACACGACGACAUUUCCACCCCCACCUCCUAUCCCCGAGGAUGAUGCCUUCGCCCUGCGGAAUAGAGCGGUCACGUACUCGGAAGACGCAAAGCCGAUUGGUACGAGCGGCAGCCAGAAGCGACGCCGACGCGCAACCACGAAGAGCUCAGCCAAAGCAUUCAGCGCGACUGACAACGACCUCAUGCUUGACAAGGAGGACGCGGAGGUCCUCUUGAACAUGGUGCAGGGACACCUCAUCAGCUGGCCAUACGACUGGCUCGAGAAGGAAGAGAGGGGUAGCGGGUGGCUGUACACGGUCGACCAGAUUGCACCCCUGGAGAUUUAUUCUUGA